UUUUAGAUGCACCUCAUUUGCUUUCGUAUCCACUACUAAAGUGCACUACAUAGUGCAUAAAGUAAACGCGUCUUGUGUGUUACGCAAGUGUUAUAUAUGUUUAAAAGUGAGGCGUUGGAGACACAGCCUUACUGAGUGUACCACCUUGAGUAGGGAUUAGAUCUCUGCUACAUAAAAAGAACAAAAUAAAAUGUUUUCUCAAAGGGUGUUGAAGUCAGUAGCAUCACUGACAUGCAGGACUUUUUCACAUCAGGGCAAAGCACCUGAUAUGGCUGAGGGAAACGCACACUUGCUUGUGACCAACGUACGCAAUCGGCUGAGGCAGAUCGUAGGAGCGUCGACCAACUGGAGAGAUCAUCAGCAGGCCCUGUCUGACAGAAUCUCCCUGAGUAAACACCUGGCGAACAGUCAGGAAGAACUCCCCGUGAAGACGAUGAAGGACAGCGCGAUCGAGGUGCAUCUUCCUUUAGGGACGCAGCCGUCGCUCCGGGAGAAAUACCUUAACUACCACAACAGUGUCAGAUUUGGCCGGAUUUUGGAGGAUCUUGACAGUUUAGCAGUGCUGAUCUGUUACUCUCAUACAUGGAACAAGGAGCUGGACAGAUCGCCUCUGUCCAUCGUCACCGCACUGGUGGACAAAAUCGACAUGCGGAGGAACAUCAUCUACCCAGACUGCGAUAUCAAGUUCACAGGUCAUGUUACGUGGGUGGGAAAGACAUCAAUUGAAGCCAAGAUGCACAUGACACAGUUCCACGAUGGGGUGUACACUCCAGUCUUAGAUGCUACGUUUGUCAUGGUCGCACGAGAUCCAGAAAAUAAAAGGGCAGCGUUUGUAAACCCGCUGAAACUAGAGAGCGCAGAGGAAGAGAAGAUUUUCCAACAAGGAGAGAUUAACAAGAAGAGGCGUGUGGACCUGAGCACAGCUUCUUUACUCAAGGUGGCUCCUACAGCGGAAGAGAGGACGCUCGUGCACAGUCUGUUCCUCAACACGCUCGACUCCAAGACCGUUAGCUUUCGGGGUCGAAUCCUUCCCCCUAACUCUGUAUGGAUGGAGGACGCAAAGCUGAAAGGCUUAGAGAUCUGUCAUCCACAGGAGAGGAACAUCUUCAAUCGGAUAUUCGGCGGUUUCCUGAUGAGGAAGGCGUAUGAGCUGGGCUGGGCCAAUGCCUGUGCAUUCGCUGGAUGUAGGCCUGUGCUGGUAGCAGUGGAUGACAUUAUGUUCCGUAAGCCAGUGGAAAUCGGUUCCCUGCUGCUGCUGUCAUCUCAGGUGUGUUACACCGAAGGACAGCACGUUCAGGUCAGGGUUCACACCGAGGUGCUCGACCCUUUGACCCGGCAGCACAGCACCACUAACGUCUUCCACUUCACCUUCCAAGUGGAGAAUCCUGUUCCAGCUGUAAUACCGCAGAGCUAUGGAGAGUCCAUGCUGUACCUGGAUGGUAAGAGACACUUUGAUGAGACAAUGAAGAGCCAGUAAAGAAUAUUCUGCAUACGAUCAAGGAACGUUACUGCACUUUUUCCAAGGGGGUGUUAUGUUGCAAAACUUUGAGUUUUUUUUUUAUGUUUGUAUGCCUUUUUCAUUUAUAAAUAUGCCUUCAAAAUAUUCAAACAAAAAUAUUUAUACUCAUAGUAUAGUUUUUAUGCUCGCACAUGUACACACAUGCUCUUAUUAUAAAAGUAUAUUAUACUGUUUACUGUAGACUGUAUCUAUUCCGCUUUUUAUUUCGACAUUUGUAUUUUAUAUUGCCAUAUGAAUACGUAUGCGGCUGAGUGAUUUUAAAAACCAAAGUAUCUCAAAGUCUUUCAAAACACUAGAUCUGCUGAAAGAUUUGGAGGGAAUAUUUGUCUUUUUUAUGCUGUAUUAACAUAAAAAAUGCCUCAAAUAUCUCAGCUCACUUUACAGCUUUCCGUUAUGUUGUUCUUGCCUUGGCUGUAGUGUACACUACGAUACAAAUGGUAAGCAACCUGCGUGUACUCAGAUAUCUAGCAGGUAGAAAGAACAAAGCAAAAACGCUUUAAAAAGGUUUAAACAUGUUGGGUUAGAAGCAUUUUGAUCAAUGAUACCAGUAAAGAAAACACUCUUUACCAUCAUGAGAUCAAUGGAAACAUGUACUGUAAACAGAAUAAAUGGAAAGUUUUACAUGCUUAGCAUGUGCACAUCACUUAUACGCGAGCUGUAUUCAACUGAACAAACAGGAUAUACUAGUACAAAUGGAUAUACUUGUUUAAUAAAUUAUGAAAUAGAA